CCCUCCAAACCCCUUGACCAGGGGGCUGCAGGUGGCAGCUUCCAUCUCCUUGCCUGGUUGCAAGCCACCUCCCCAAACCCAGGCUCCAGUAUAUAAAUCAGGCAAAUUCCCCACUUGAGCAUGAACCUCUGAAAACUGCCGGCAUCUAAGGUCUCCUUCAAGGCCUUCUGGAGUGCGGCCCAUAAUGAAGGUCUUGGCGGCAGGAGUCGUGCCCCUGCUGCUGGUUCUGCACUGGAAACAGGGGGCCGGGAACCCCCUCCCCAUCACCCCGGUCAACGCCACCUGUGCCACCCGCCAUCCAUGUCCCAGCAACCUCAUGAACCAGAUCAGAAACCAGCUGGGACAGCUCAACAGCAGUGCCAACAGCCUCUUUAUCCUCUAUUACACGGCCCAGGGGGAGCCCUUCCCCAACAACCUGGACAAGCUGUGCGGCCCCAACGUGACCGACUUCCCGCCCUUCCACGCCAACGGCACGGAGAAGGCCCGCCUGGUGGAGCUGUACCGCAUCAUCGCAUACCUGGGCGCCUCCCUGGGCAACAUCACGCGGGACCAGAAGGUCCUCAACCCCUACGCCCACGGCCUGCACAGCAGGCUGAGCGCCACGGCCGACGUCCUGCGGGGCCUGCUCAGCAACGUGCUCUGCCGGCUGUGCAGCAAGCACCACGUGGGCCACGUCGACGUGACCUACGGCCCCGACACCUCGGGCAAGGACGUCUUCCAGAAGAAGAAGCUGGGCUGCCAGCUCCUGGGGAAGUACAAGCAGGUCAUCGCCGUGCUGGCCCAGGCCUUCUAGACCGGAGGUCUGAGAUAGUAGGGGACUCUCCAACUGCGGCCGUGGCCCGGAGCACCGCCAGACCCGAGUGGGGGCUGCUGGAGGACCCCCGAGGGGGAAUCCUGGCCGGUCCACUCCCCUCCAGGGUGGGCCGCCAGGAAGCUGAGCAGAGCCAGAACUCCCAGAAGCAGAACGUGUAUGUGGUGCCAACUGGAAAGGAAGGCACCCCUUCUUCUGGGAGACUGCAGCCGGGCGCUCGGUGUCGGGCUGGAUUUCGGCUCCCGACUCGUCCCCUUGGCCAGGGUCUUCGUGAGCAAACCACACAAGUUGUCUCUGGUGACCCUGGCCACAGGGCGAGACAGCAGGGGUCGGGGGCACUAACCCCCCAGCAGAAUGACCACCAUCAGUGCCUCGGCGGACCUUGAAAGGUCUGGUUGGAGCUCAGGCAGCCCAGAGGGGCUGGGAUCCAGAAGGAUCCUUGGCCCCUACAGGUAUGGCGAGUUGGAAGUCUAGAAUGGGAGCUCUGGUUUGGGAUGCUGUCUUGCUUGGGUGUGACUGGGGAGUUCAGGCCUACAGCUGUCAGGUGGAAGUUUCCAGAAGGAGGCCCACUUGGCCCUCCAGGCUCGGGGAGGCAGAGAGAGGCCACAUGUAGGCCAGGGAAGGAAGAGAGGCCCUUGCAAGGCUUGACGGGCUCCCCUUCCUUGAGCCCAAAGUCUGUCCUGCCAUCCUAACUGGCCGCGGGGCUGGACCUGGAGGUGGGAUACAUGGGGGCAGGCAGGUUGCAAAGUCAGGUGAGGAGGUUCUGAGGGGAUCCAGAGUCUUGUGGGCAAGGGUUUGCGGAUGGAGUAGGUCAGAGUGGCAGCUCCCCUCUGAGGCCCACCGAGGCCCCGUGAGGUCUCGCCAGGGGCACCAGAGGCCAUCCAUUGCUGGUCCCUGGAGCAGGGGGAUGGCGGGAGUUGAGGUCAGGGUCUCAGGAAGCCUGAGAGCCAAGAGUGCCGUGUGCCUGACUCAGCAUGAUUGUCUAUUUAUUUUGAUGCCCUAUUUAUAUUAACUUAUUGGUGCUUCAAAUGGCAAAAGCUCACCCCGCUUUCCCUGCUCCCCUCUCUCCAACGGAAAUAAUAAGACGGUUCCUCCUAUGGGAGCUGGGGGCCAAGCCUUCACAAGGACCUGGUCUGGAAGUCAAAGAUGUUGCAAGGUAGGGUGAGCCUUACGGGUGAAGCUCAGAGAAGGCUUAGGAGCUGGGAGGACUGGUCAGUCUGGGUGAGGGCAGGGGAC